CGUUAUUAUACAUUUACACUAUAUUACCUUUCCUCCUUUUGCUAUCUCACUCACUCUAUAGCCCCCACCUUAUAUACAUUACUUUCACUGUGCUUUUUAGGCGAGAUAAUCAUCAGACACAAACGUAGAGAGAGAACAGAGAGACAAUCUUGAGUCUUAGGUAUCAAUGGGUUCGUCUUCGGGUCAGAGCAGUGGCAGCUACGAUCUCUCAUUCAAGAUCUUACUGAUCGGAGAUUCGGGCGUCGGAAAAAGUAGUCUCCUUGUCAGCUUCAUCUCCAAUUCCGUCGAAGAUCUUUCACCUACCAUUGGUGUGGAUUUUAAGAUCAAGCUGCUCACGGCAGGUGGGAAGAAAUUGAAGCUCACAAUUUGGGAUACUGCUGGACAAGAGAGGUUCAGAACAUUAACAAACUCUUAUUAUAGAGGUGCCCAAGGGAUCAUUCUUGUUUAUGACGUUACGCGCAGAGACACCUUUACAAACUUAUCAGAUGUUUGGGCUAAAGAAGUGGAACUCUACUCAACUAAUCAGGGCUGUAUCAAGAUGCUUGUUGGGAAUAAAGUUGAUAUAGAUUCUGAAAGGGUGGUGAGUAGAGAGGAGGGAAUUGCACUGUCAAAAGAACUUGGAUGUUUGUUUCUUGAAUGCAGUGCUAAAACUAGAGAAAACGUGGAGCAAUGCUUUGAAGAACUUGCAUUAAAGCCUUUGAUUGGAAUGGCAAUAUCCCCCUAAUUACAAGGGGAGGGGUUGGGCAAGAUAAUGGAGGUUCCUAGUCUUUUGGAAGAAGGAUCUACUGUGGUGAAGAGAAACAUCUUAAAGCAGAAACAGGAAUACCAAGCACCUCCAACUGGUGGUUGUUGCUCUUAAAAAGCAAGAGUCACGUAUCAUGAACGGAUCAUGUACAUGUUAAUUUCUCUUCUAAUUUCUUACAGUUCUCCUCUCUCUGUAUUUGGGUUGCUUAAUUACUCGUACCAUUCAAAAUGGAAUUGGCACUCAUAUAAGAUAUACUAGCUUGUGUAAAUUGUUUCCCGUGUUGAUGAGAACAAAUUGCUUGUAUUUUUUUUUUUCCU